AUGCAUGUAGGACAACCAAAUCAUGGAGUGCUUCGUUUACACUUUCUCGGUUUAGUGUUUUUGUUUUCUGGCUCUGACGAUGUCUGUAAAAAAACGGACGAAAGUUCAGUAUGGAGUAAGCGGGGUCGCAAGACGGUGAGCCGAUGUCUUCUUUGCACAAUUCAACAGACAAAAGUCCAAAGCAACCCUCCUGCUGUAUCUGGUCUGGCCAAUAGCACUUCCUCUGAUGGCUCAUCGGUCCACACGCCGGCUUACUUACCCUUAAUCCGCCUCAUCUUCGCUACUGGCCUCCUUCUGACUGUGAUGGCUCUGUAUCGCAGCCGCAUUCGCCAUCAGCUGCUACCUCCUGCUGCGGACCAGAGAGUUUUUACGACAGUAGCUGCUAUUUCCUCUUCUGAUCGGUUACCGAUAUUUGCAGUCAGCCAUAUGGUAGCGCAUUGCCUUAUUCCACUGUUCGGAGCCUUUAUGAUCGUUUUCUGGGUAAUUGAUGUGGCACUUGCGAGAACAUCUGUUCGCGUCUCUGAUGGAACUGACAUGUUAGCCACUAUGUAA